AUGUCCUCGGCAGCAAGCCUCGCCAGGCAGUCCCUCCCCCAGCGAACCAUCCGUGUGCUUGUUUCCCCCAUGCCCUUGACCUUUGCUGAACGCCGCUCCGUCCUGCAAGUUCUGGAACAGUACGGGCCCAUUGAAACCUUCAAGAUGGCUCCGGACCUUUAUGCAAAUUUUGUUUCCGUCACCCAAAAAGCCGCCACGGCAAGCCAGCUGGUUGCGUCCAGCCCCCUCGUCUACCACAUACCCAUCCCUCGCAUCGACACCAACGUCCUCCUCGCCGACUUGGAAGACACCCAAGGCAUCCGCCGGUUCGACCGUCAGCAGCCUUCCGUCACGACUCCUCCUGCGGAAUCAGCCGCCACGGAACGCGCGUUUUCCUCGCCCGACGAGUCGGCGCCUCCUCAAGGGCAGAAACAGUUCAAGCUGCACAUUUACCCGGCGCCCGACUACUCGCACAAAUUCGCCAUGUCCAACUCGCCGCUGCAAGAGUCUUGGCCUGGCGCCUAUCUCAAGGACAAGUCCUUCAUGGCAGCCGCCCUGAAACAGUCGCUGCCUCGGAAUAUGCCGUCCAAGGGAUUGGCGCACUGGCUGGUCAACAUGGGCAACAACUACAGCUGCAAAUCCGACCGCUUGCAAUUGAAGAGCUGGCUCCCUAGCAAAAUGAAGGAAUCGAAACGCACUGACGGAUAA